AUGCCAACGCGCCAAUUGGAAGUGGGCAUUGUCGGCGCAGGCAUCGCUGGGCUGGCCGCGGCCAUCGCACUCUCCCGAUCCGGCCACGCAGUCUCUCUGUAUGAAAAGUCCAGAUUUCGCAACGAGACGGGCGCCGCCAUCAUCAUCGGGCCCAACGGCACCCGCAUCCUGUCCAAAUGGGGAUUCGACUUCGUCAAGGCCGGCGCCCUGGACUACAGCCAGAUGCGUCGGAUCAGGGCCGACACCGCCGAGCUCGACUCCGAGGAGUUCUUCACCAACAUCAAGGAGCAAUACGGGGACCGGUGGCUGCUCUUCCACCGUGCCGAUCUGCAUGCAGGACUGAAGGCGUUGGUGGAGGCGUCGGGUCAGCAGCCUCGCCCGCAAAUCCACCUGGGCACGCAGGUCGUCGACCUCGACGUCGAGACGGGCGUCCUCACCCUGGCCGGUGGUGAACAAGUCAAGAAGGACCUCGUGGUCGUCGCCGACGGCGCCCACAGCGAGCUCAUCGCCAAGGUCAUCGGCCGCCCGUACCCGGUGAGCAAGUCACCCAUGUCCAUGUACCGGUUUCUGCAGCCCUUCGACACCGUCCUCGCCCACCCGGCCGCCGGACGAUUCUAUCAGAACCAGCCGCCCGGAUUCACCACCUUCUACAAGACCGAGGUGGGCCGCCCGGGCCUGCUCCUCAACACCUACCCCUGCCGCGGCGGCGAGCUGCUGUACGUGGCGCUCGUGCACCCGACCAAGCCCAAGGAGAAGGGCAUUGAGGGCUGGGACUCGCCCGCCGAACUGGCCGACGUGCUGGCUGACGCCCAGGGCUUCCACCCGGCCGUGCAGGCCGUGUGUGAGGGCGCCACCGACAUCAAAGUGUACACCCAGAUGUGGCGCGACCCGAUCGAGAACUUUACGAAAGGCCGGGCCGUGCUGAUCGGCGACGCUGCCCACCUGAUGCUGCCCACGCACGGCCAAGGCGCGUCCAUGGCCCUGGAAGACGCCCUGGCGCUGCACGUUCUCUUCCGCGACGUCGACGACAGCGGCGGCCCGGACGCCGUCCCGGAGAGGCUGCGGCUGUUCGACACGCUCCGUCUCCCCCGCGUCGGCGCCGUGCAGACCAUGUCCAACAAGAUGAUGGGCCCGCCGGACAAGAUGCUCGCCGAGGUCAAGCGGUACUACGCCGGCGCCAUCCCGGGCCCCAGAGCCAUCACCUUCUCCAAGGAAUACAACGAUUUUUUCUUCCUGUACGACGUCGAGGCUGAGGCUGGGAAACUGGUCGCAAAUGUGACUACUGCAUGA